GUCAAAAUUGGUCAAUGCCGACUGGAGAAAAUAAAGGUUGCGCGUCACGCAUUUGGUGCCUCAAGCUCGGCAAAUUACCUAGGUAGAACAGUAACCUUCAUGCUGAUAAAUCGGACAAGCAACAACAACCCACGAUUUCCCUACACCACCCCACGCCAUGUCAACAAAGACAGUAACAAUCGCCUCCCCGGCGCAAUUUUCAGGGCUUCUCAAGUCCUCAAAAAUUGUCGUUACAGACUGUAAGCUCGUACCCCACCUUACCCCUCGUUCGCCACGGUACCUCCAAUAUAUCAGAGCUUCACAACACGUCUGAAGAGUCCAGACUAACUCGACAUAGUCUACGCAGACUGGUGUGGACCAUGCAAAGCAAUCGCCCCAAUCUACGAGCAGCUCUCGGCCCAGCUGACGCGACCGAACCGCAUUACUUUUACCAAGGUCAAUGUGGACGCACAAAAGGAGAUCGCAGCGAGUUAUAAUGUCACGGCCAUGCCCACCUUCAUGAUUUUCAAGGACGGAAAGGCCAUUGAGAAGAUCCAGGGCGCAGAUGCUAGGAAGUUGCAGGAUGUUAUUAAGAAGUUGGCUGCUGAAGCAGAUGGGGCGGCAGGUUCCUCUGGGUUUGGAGGCUCGAGCAGCAGUGGUGAUUGGCGCACAGGCGAGUUGCCAAAGGGAUAUGGAAAUAUUACUGAUCAGGUUGAUGUAAAGGGAUUGGAGCUCCUCAACUCGGAUAGCGAGUUUGGCACUGUGCGGGUUUUGGUCGAGAGUAGCAAACCUACUGGUCUGCAGAAGGGCAAGGCUUCUGGAAAUGCUGUCAAGGAUUGGGUUGAGAGUGAUACGGAUGAGCAGUUGAUGCUGUUCAUGCCUUUCCAGGCUCUACUUAAGGUUCAUACUUUACAGGUAUGAAUACUGAUCCUGCAAGAUUACACCACACCUAAUCUGAGCAAUAGAUUACAUCCUUACCACCCACUGAAGCCGAAGACGACGAGGAAACUCCUAUGCGACCAAAGACUCUUCAAAUAUACACCAACCGCCCACACAUCCUCGGUUUCGAAGAAGCAGACGAUACCCCCAUCACCCAGAGCAUUACCCUCUCCGCAAACGACUGGGACGCCACAGGUACCGCGACAAUCCCUCUGCGCUUCGUCAAGUUCCAGAAUGUCACAAGUUUGGUUAUCUUCAUCGUGGAUGGCGACGGAGAGGGAGAGCGGAUUCGCAUCGACAGACUUAGAUUAAUCGGCGAAUCUGGCGAGAAGCGCGAUCAGGGCAAAUUAGAAAAGGUCAGCGAUGAGUAG